UGGCUACCCUGGACAGUCUUGCUCAGACAACUGUGGAGGGAGUAGGUUAUUGCCCAGCCUAGCCUGAAGACAGUUAGUUACAGAUUGAGGAACCUGAGAGUUGAACUGAGGGUUGUGAGGACAGCAUUGUGCGCAUUGGUUCUCGUCCCUGCUGGUCGGGGUACGAGUAGGGAGCUGGUCUCACCUAACAGAGGCGUCCAGGAGACUGCCCUCCAUGUUUUCUCUAGCUGGUGUCUUCUGCAACAGGAUGAGCAAGAUCCAGGUGGUGGAGGGAUAUAGGGUUGGAGGGAGGCAUGAGGCGGCGGGGUCUGAAGCGGCUGCUGCGCAGGGAUACGUAAAGGAGUUUACGCGCCACUCCAACGACGUCCUGCUGAAUCUGAACGAGCUGAGGCACCAGAACAUUCUGACUGAUGCCACCCUGGUGGUGGGCACUGCCCGACUGCAGGCACACUGUGCUGUGCUCAUUGCAUGCAGUGGGUUCUUCUACUCCCUGUACUCCCGUCGUGUGUCCUCUCCUGGAUGGAGUGGUGCUGGAGGCCAGGCCCUGACCCUGUCACUCCCUGACUCCCUGGACCCCUCCAGCGUCUCCCUGCUCCUGGACUUCAUGUACACCUCCCAGCUGCCCCUCACGCCACGCACAGUCCCCGGAGUGCUCUCCGUCGCCACCUACCUGCAGAUGGACCACGUGGCUGACGCCUGCAGAGCUUUCAUGUUACACAGUGAGAGGAUGAGAGGGACGCCCCCUCAAAUGAAGCUGGACUCCACGGUGUCUGUAAUGUCUGCAGCACUCUCAGGGGGAGCUCCUCUUAAUCCCCCUGUCAAUGGAAGACCCCGCCCAUCUGUCCUCGUUGUCUCCACCCCCUCCCAGUCCGCAGCGGAGGCUGAGGGUCGUAUGUGUCAUGACUCGGCCAGCAGGGUCCCUGGAAACUUCCGGGCCUGUCUGCAGCCAGGGACUUUCCUGACCCGCGAGCCCAGGUCAAAGGAACUAAAGCAGGAGCCUGAAUCACCCAUCCUGGCCUCCACCCCUUCUCCAGACAGCCCGUCUCGCUCCAGCUGUCAGCCCAACUCUCCUGCGGAGUCCAACACCUGUAAUCUAGGUGAACCCAAGCGCAACCCUGACCCCAAAGCCUGCAACUGGAAGAAAUACAAGUACAUUGUCCUCAACCCCCUCUGUGCCGAAAACACGGUGAAGGAGGAGGAGCCUGAGGAGGACCGGCAGCAGCUUGACCACAUCCCCACCUCUGAUAGGAUGGAAGUGACAUUGAAGCCACCUAUGGAGGCGUGGCCAAGGGAAGGAUCCGGACAAAAUGAAAGCCCUCCCCUGGUGCCCCACCCAGGGCUUCCAGCCCACCCUGUGGAACCCCCCAUGGAGCAACCCACCCACAAGGAAGGAACAGUCUCGCCUUGCUGUCUGGCACCACGCCCAUUGGAGCCAGAGGCCGCCCACCACUGCCAACACCCAAUUAAGCGUGAGAAUUACGGCUUGCCAUUCUGUUACUCUGGCAACCUGAGCGUGAUAAAGACUGCCUGCACUGCCCCCAUUGCAGGAGACAAGCCUUACCGCUGCAACGUGUGCGGUGCCCAGUUCAACCGGCCCGCCAACCUGAAGACGCACUCCCGCAUCCACUCCGGAGAGAAGCCCUACCGCUGUGAUACCUGCGGGGCCCGAUUCGUUCAGGUGGCCCACUUGCGAGCCCAUGUUCUGAUUCACACGGGCGAGAAGCCUUAUCCCUGUCACACCUGCGGCACUCGCUUCCGUCACCUGCAGACCCUGAAGAGUCACCUGCGCAUUCACACUGGAGAGAAGCCUUACACUUGUGAGAAGUGUGACCUGCACUUCCGCCACAAGAGCCAGCUGCGUCUCCACCUGAGGCAGAAGCAUGGCGCCGUCACCAACACCAAGAUCCGCUACAAGGUCCUGACCGACCCCUACCAGCCCAUCCUGCAGGCCUGUUGACGGCCCUCCCUUUGACCCCUAACCUUUAACCCCUAACCAUAACCCCACAGAUACCAAGAAUAACCCCAACAUUUAUGUCAAUCAAAUCAUGAUUGUGUAUCAGUUUCCACCCUGGUUUCUCCUGUGUUGUUAUUGUCCAUGGCUGUGUCCCCAAAUGGCAGCCUGGGCCUGGUUGCAUAAAACACCUUAAGUUCAUUUCCCCCUUACCUGUUCACUUACAGUUUUCUUAACUUUGAAUCAGUUGAACAAAACAUUUUAAAAGGUGAAUUUCUCCCUUAAAUUAAGUGAAAAAGUUAAUGGUGCCCAUGAGGUCCGUUAACUGCUUCAUUCAGUUUGGAUAUCAAUGUAAACAGAUUUUGUGGAUGUGAAUGUUACUUUCAUCUGCUCUGGUUACAAAAGGAAAACAUCAACCAGCUAGCUGCUUAGCUAAACAAUGGAAGGUGCACGAUCCAUGGCUACAAAAGGAAAACAUCAACCAGCUAGCUACUUAGUUAAACAAUGGAAGGUGCACGAUCCAUGGCUACAAAAGGAAAACGUCACCCAGCUAGCUACUUAGUUAAACAAUGGAGCUAUAGCUACUCUGUUAACUAGCUUGACAUACUAGGAAGUAAUAUAAACAAGUUGAGAAAAAAGUAACAAGAAACUAGGUUUAUUAUCUUCUGAAGCAAUUAAGUUCCAUUUUGAUAUCUCACAAAAUGAAAGUGACCUCUUUGACGAGAGGUUAAGUCAGUGAAUCAGACCAAGCCCAUGGGAACCAGAUACUCUGUCUGCCAUACAUGCCUUUAAACUACCAUAAAAAGGAAAUAUUUGAGGGGCUCUAUGCAACGCCUUUAAACAAUUCCCUUAGGCAAGGGACAAUUAUUUCUUAAUGUAAAGCCUUAAGGGAAACACUUAAUGUUUUAUGCAAACGAACCCUGUACAUUAUAUAGUGCACUACUUUUGACAAGGGCUCAUGGAGCCUACAGGAAUAGGAUGCCAUUCAAAACUGCUUGGCCCCAUCAAACCUGCCUGAUUGAGAGCUCAGCCUCGCCCCUCAAAAACAUGAGCUCAAGUAUGUUUCACUCAAGUAUGUUUCACUCACUGGCUAGAGAUGCCAUUAUAAACACAUAUACAUGACUAGUUGUAAGCCAAUCAAACCAUGAUGUUGUAAAAUUUGUGGAAAGGUGGCCGGCGCCAGAGAUCGGAGCUGAUAUGUAGAUAGGAUAACAAUGCCUCUCCUCUAAGGUAUUGAGCUGGAGGCGGUCUCAGGCCGCUUUUAAGCGUUAGGUGGAUAACAUGUCAAGAGAGCUGUCGAAAGUUACUGGGAGUAGUAUGAUAUGUUUUUGUAUCCAAGGAGGUGCUUUGAAAAGUUGAGAGUUUGGAGGUUAUGAGUAGAGAGUGAGUGAGACACAGACAGAGCUAGAAGAGAAGGGAGAAAAUGAGGAUGAAGGACUAAGGAGUGUGGCUAGAAGAGAAAAUACAUUUGACAUGGUUGGUUGGAAUCAUGAGGAGGAAUUGACUUUAUUCGAGUGACGGAGAGAAUGGUAUAGUAAGUUGUAGAGUUGAAUAGAGCAAGUGGAAGAAAGUUCUGCGCCAAUGCUUUGUUUAUAUUCAAGUGCCACAGCUAUUUUUAGGGACCGGGACACAUUGGGGACCCGUUGAGUAUUUGAGAUGACAAUGCCACAAAGAUGUCAUUAAAUAACAAUACAGAGAUAGGUAAUAAUGCCCAAGCACUACAGUGUGAAUCGACUACCCCGACUGUGUCAGCUUUAAAUAGCUUUUUUAACUCAUCUUUAUUUUUUACACACUAAAACCAAAGGCCUGGGGCCUUUGUCUAAUGUAUAUGACAGGUGUCAUAUAAGAUAAGAUGUUUUGCCCAUUACAUCCGUUCUGUAUUUUUCUAAAGGUUUUUAUUUAAAAUGGCAGACUAUAACUUGUCAUCGGUGCAGAGUCCGAGCAGGCAAAGGACUUCCGUCUCUUGUGUAUGAAGGAAUAUCUUCUCUCAGAGCAUAAAAGCUAGAUAAUGCGACUGUAAAAAUGGAUGAGAGAUGAUAUUGAUAUUUGAAAAUGUAUGGUGUUCUUUUGCUGGACAAAGACAAGGACUGUUUUAUACUAAUUAAAUUAAAUUGAUUGACCUUAA